AUGCUCAAUACCCGCUCUGGCAACGAGCCCUACGAACGCCCUCUGACCCCUCCGCAGCAUGGCUUCACCAGUCCUGCCAACACCCCGCAAGGCAGCCCGAGCAAGAACAAAGUGCCGCCAGGCGCCACAGGCCUCGUCAAUGUAUUCGAAAAUGCGAUGAAGCUUACCCCAUCGUCACCAACCAAGACAGGCUUCGGAAAACCAACAUUGUCGCCCGGGAGGGGUCAAGUUGACGAUUUGACCACAUACAAUGAGAGCGUCGCCCAGACGGAAGUUAACGCGAGGCCAGGAAGCCCUACUCGGCUGUCGAAUAAGGAGAAUACACCAGUCCCAGGAUUGCGAUCAGGGAAAGAACCGAGCAACCUGAGCCAUGCUGCCGUAUCGCGUAGGGAGCUGUAUCAAACAGGUGAUGGGACGGACGGCGGUGGGCGCAAACCGCAAGCUCAGCUGAGGGGCCUGACUGCAGAGGAGCUAGAAAAAUUGCAGCAGCCGAAAGUCAAACGUCUUGCCAAUGUUACGCAGCUUUAUUUCCUUGACCACUAUUUCAACCUUCUAAGCUACGUUCAAAACCGACAAAUCCGAAGCGCCCAGUUUGCUGCGGCCUAUCCGCCGCCCCCUGAAACCGAUGAAGCAGAGUAUGAAGUUGCGCGGCAUAAAUAUAUGGGCCGAGAACGCGCCAAUCUUCGAAAGAGGAGGACCCGUCUACGACAGGGCGAUUUUCAGAUCCUUACACAGGUCGGCCAGGGCGGCUACGGACAGGUAUAUCUAGCUCAAAAGAAGGAUACUCGAGAAGUGUGCGCUUUGAAAGUCAUGAGCAAGAAACUUCUUUUUAAACUGGACGAGAUUCGACAUAUUUUGACAGAGCGCGAUAUUUUAACGACUGCAAAGAGCGAAUGGCUAGUGAAGCUACUUUAUGCCUUCCAGGAUGAUACCCAGAUAUAUCUUGCGAUGGAAUACGUGCCAGGCGGCGACUUCCGUACUUUACUUAACAACACUGGGGUUCUCCACAACCGGCACGCUCGAUUUUAUAUCGCAGAGAUGGUAGCCUGUGUCGAUGCCCUGCAUGUCCUCGGAUACAUCCAUCGAGACCUGAAACCCGAGAACUUCCUCAUCGACUCUACUGGACACGUAAAAUUGACUGACUUUGGGUUAGCAGCCGGCAUGCUUAACCCUACCAAGAUUGAGUCUAUGCGGUUGAAAUUGGAGGAAGUGGGAAAGACUACUGUUCCUUUUGGCCGGCCAAUGGACCAACGAUCUGCCGCCGAGAGACGUGAAGGCUAUAGAUCCCUUCGAAAGCUCGAUGUAAACUAUGCAAAGUCGAUUGUCGGGUCGCCUGAUUAUAUGGCUCCGGAAGUGCUUAACGGCGAAGAGUACGAUUUCACGGUCGACUACUGGAGUCUGGGAUGUAUGCUAUUUGAGGCUCUAACUGGCUACCCACCAUUUGCCGGAUCGACCGUGGAUGAGACAUGGCAGAAUCUCAAACACUGGAAGGAUGUGUUACGCAAACCACAAUACGAAGAUCCGAAUUACUUCCUGUCCAGACGCACUUGGGAUCUUAUCACCCGUCUCGUUGCCGCCAAGGAGAAUCGGUUCAAGAACAUUACCGAAAUCCACACUCACGACUAUUUCGCUGAGGUGAAUUUCAACACGUUGAGGGAAGAGCAGAAGGCUCCAUUUGUUCCUGACCUUGACUCUGAAACCGAUGCCGGAUACUUUGAUGAUUUUGGGAGCGAGGCUGAUAUGGCGAAAUACAAGGAGGUGCACGAUAAACAAAAGGCACUAGAAGAUAUGGCCGAUCGCGAAGAGAAGAUGAAUAAAGGUGUAUUUGUCGGGUUUACUUUCAGGCAUCGAAAACCAGUCAUUGACAAUGAUGGCCGCACUAGCCCUCGAAAGGGUAUUCCAACUGACGGGUCUUUCGGGACAAUGUUUUAG